AUGCCUACGUCUGCUCGGCCUGAUGGCAUCAGUGAUAGCUGUAGUGCAUUUAGGUCUGUUGAUGAUGAGAGAUUUUCAGCGGUGGGUUGCAGCUUUGCACCUGUGCCCGCGCCGUCACCUCAACCGCAGAGUGAAAGUGACUCGGACCUGUGUGAAGUCUCUCCGUCAGUGGAGGAACGCAGGGGCGUUCACCACGGGGGUCCCGCUGGGGACGGUGACGUCCAGGGUUACCAUGACAACGGACGCUUCCCUGUCAGGGUGGGGAGCAACGAUGUCAGGCAGAGCGGUGAAUGGCUCCUGGGGUCCAGAAAUGGCCCAGAUUCACAUAAAUGUUUUGGAGCUCUGGGCAGUGUUUCUAGCGCUGAAACACUUCCUGCAAUUUCUCCGAGGCCGUCAUGUUCUGGUGAAAACAGACAACUCCACUGUGGUAGCCUAUGUCAACCGUCAGGGAGGCACUCGCUCACUACGGUUACACAAGUUGGCUCGGGAGAUGAUACUGUGGAGCAGCACCAGGCUCCUCUCACUCAGGGCGACACAUGUGCCGGGAGUUCUGAACAGAGGGGCGGACUUGAUGUCUCGUGGGAAUCCUCUGUACGGGGAAUGGUCUCUGCACCCGCAGGUUGUGGACCAGAUUUGGAAGAGAUACGGCCGAGCCGCCGUAGAUCUCUUCGCCUCGCAGGAAAACGCCCGCUGUCCGCUGUUUUUCUCCCUGUCGGACAUCACUGCACCUCUCGGUGUGGAUGCUCUGGCUCACCCUUGGCCAAACGUGCUGCUCUACGCAUUCCCUCCCCUCAGUCUGAUUUCCCCCACCCUGGCCAGGGUGAGGGAGCAGAAUCUGUCUCUCAUACUGGUGGCGCCAAGAUGGCCGUCCAAACACUGGGUGGCGGAAAUAGUUCAGAUGUUGGCGGGCGACCCCUGGCCUCUGCCCAUACGCAGAGACCUCCUGUCCCAGGCACGCGGGGAGAUUUACCACCCCCACCCAGACCGCGUGGCGCUCUGGGCCUGGCCCGUGAGAGGUUUAAUUUGGACGCAGCAGGACUGCCUCCGCAGGUUAUAGACACCAUUCAGAGUGCAAGGGCUUCCUCCACCCGUGCUUUGUACGGCUGUAAAUGGCGGGUUUUCGAGGAAUGGUGUGAGUCUAGACUCACAGUCCCUUUUCAGUGUUCAGUUGUGGACCUGUUGUGUUUUCUACAGGAGCUGGUGGAUAAAGGAAGAGCUUUUUCCACAGUAAAAGUGUACCUCGCUGCCAUCUCAGCAUGUCACGUGGGUUUUGGUGAUAAACCGGUGGGACAGCACCCCCUGGUUUGUCGCUUUAUGAAAGGUGCACGUCGAAAGCUCCCAGUUUCUAGGCACCUGGUUCCACUGUGGGACCUUCUGGUGGUGCUGGAUGCCCUUUCUCAGCAUCCCUUUGAGCCUUUGGAGGCUGUGGGGAUGAAGUUUGUGUCUCUGAAAACGGUUCUGCUUUUGGCUUUGUCUACGGCGAAGCGCGUGAGCGACCUUCAGGCGUUGUCUAUCCGCCCUUCCUGUCUACAGUUCGGUCCGGGACUCUCCAAGGUUUGCUUGCGGCCCAAUCCGGCUUUUGUGCCUAAGGUGGUGGAGUCGGCUUACAGGUGUCCCACAGUAGAGUUGCUGGCUUUUCACCCGCCUCCAUUCUCCUCGACGGAGGAGCAGAGGCUUAACACUUUGUGUCCGGUGAGGGCUCUGCAGUCCUACGUGAGUAGGACGGCAGAUUUCAGGCGUACUGACCAGCUGUUUGUUUCCUGGUCCACUACCCAUAAGGGCAAGCCAUUGUCCCGCCAGAGGCUGUCUCACUGGAUUGUGGAGGCCAUUUCUGUGGCGUACAGUUGCAAAGGUUUGCUGCCGCCCCAGGGUUUGCGUGCUCAUUCCACCAGGAGUAUAGCUGCUUCCUGGGCUCUGUUUAGAGGGGUGUCUGUUCAGGAUAUUUGUGCUGCGGCGAGCUGGGCUACGCCUCACACCUUUGUCAAGUUUUACAGGCUAGAUGUCUCUGGUCCUUCUUUGGCCCAAGUGGUGCUCGGUGCCGGUGCUCCGGGGUUGGAGUGAUGUUGUCACUCAACCUUUUGUGGUAGUUAGGCUUCGGGAGUCAUAUGCAAUCCGGGAGUGGUCUAUAUCUCCCAUAGUGAAACACCGAACGAAGUUAGAAAAAGAACGAAGGGUUACUCAACGUAACCCCGGUUCUUUGAUAACAGAGUGAGGUGUUUCACCACACGCCCCUUCUUGCAUUAGGCACGGAAAGAAACCGGUCUUGAAUGAUUUUGAGGGGCGGGUCGGCUGUGAUAGUAUGAAGGGGGCGGUGCCCCAGCACAGCUCGACCUGUCUGUCACUGACAGACGUGGUGCCAUUGGAGCUUCCCUGGUUGGUCAUGCCAAGGCGAUAUCCCAUAGUGAAACACCUCACUCUGUUAUCAAAGAACCGGGGUUACGUUGAGUAACC